AUGAAGGUCAGCUUAUUUGUUGGCCGAAAUGUAGGUGCAAAGCUGAAGGACCGAAGAUCAACACGGAAGGAUGGGAAUAGCCAAGAUGGUCCGAGUGGUGGCAGUGCAUCCGCCAUUUGUAGCUACUCCAAGAUUUUCCCCAUCAUUCCCAGUCUUGUUUGCUUCCUUCUUCUUGCUUCCUCGGUGUAUCCGGCAGCCGCCAAUCAGGCGCUGAAGCAGGAGCAAGAAUCGAACAAGUUGAAGAUUAUAGCAGCUGGUCUUAACAAUAUCAACAAGCCUGCUCUCAAGACAUUUCAGAGUCGGGAUGGCGAUCUUAUAGACUGUGUUCUCUCUCAUCAUCAACCUGCUUUUGAUCAUCCCCAGUUAAAAGGACAGAAGCCAUUGGAUCAACCAGAGAGACCGAAAGGCCGAAACCCUCCACGAGUGGCGGCUGAAACUUACCAGCUGUGGAGCAUGUCGGGAAAUGUCUGCCCGGAAGGAACAGUUGCAAUAAGAAGAACAAGAGAGGAGGAUAUGAUGAGAGCCAGCUGUGUUGAAAGAUACGGAAGAAAACUAACGGGGCAAGUCAGAAGAGAGACAUCCAACAAUGGCCACGAGUAUGCAGUUGGGUAUGUGAGUCGGGAUCAAUACUAUGGAGUCGAAGCUAGCAUCAACGUAUGGGCCCCCGAAGUUGUUAUUCAGCAUGAACACAGCUUGUCUCAAAUGUGGCUCAUCUCUGGUUCAUUUGAUGAUGAUCUCAACACCAUUGAAGCUGGUUGGCAGGUCAGUCCAGGGCUAUAUGGGGACAACCAGUCUAGAUUAUUUACUUAUUGGACUACCGAUGCAUAUCAGACAACGGGAUGCUACAAUUUACUGUGUCCGGGCUUUGUUCAUACCAAUAGAAGAUUUGCCCUUGGAGCUGCAAUUUCUCCAACUUCUUCCUACAACGGUGACCAAUUUGAUCUUAGCUUAUUAAUUUGGAAGGAUCCAAGGCAUGGAAAUUGGUGGCUGGAAUUUGGGGACGGAGUACUACUUGGAUACUGGCCAUCAUUCUUGUUCACUCACCUUCAAGACUACGCAAGCAUGGUACAAUUUGGUGGAGAAGUUGUGAACUCGAGGCUUUCAGGCUCCCACACAGCCACACAGAUGGGCAGUGGGUACUUUGCAGGUGAAGGGUUUGGAAGAGCUUCGUAUUUUCGAGACCUGCUGGUUGUGAAUUGGGAUAAUAACCUAAUCCCAUUAUCCAAUCUUACAUUGUUGGCGGAUCAUCCAAAUUGUUAUGACAUUCAAGGAGGGAAUAACAACUCUUGGGGGUAUUACUUUUACUAUGGAGGUCCUGGAAGAAAUGAGAGGUGUCCCUAAGAGAAGGGAAACGUAUAGAGCUAGCUAGGGUUUUAUUUUACAUAAUAUUCAAUUUUACAAUUUUCUUUUUUCUUGGGUGAUUUUUAGGGUUAAUCCAUCCGCAAUUCAGUUUGGGGUAUUCUUGUAUUUGUCUUCCUUUGUUGAGGACU